AUGGGAUCUGAUGAGCAAAUUGACCCGCUUCAUCAAGUUACAAAGUAUUGCGGGAAUAUUACAGAUUAUUGCCAAACUUACUUGAAGGACUUGGCAUACAAGGAAGAUAAGGAAGAGCACUAUGGCAAACCCAUGCUGUGGAUUGGGAUGUAUAUCGCAUUAGCAUCUCUGUUUUGCAACCUUGCAAUGGUGGCUGAUUUAUUACAUGGUUUGCGUAACAGAAAGUUAUGGUUUCCAUGUAACUAUUUCACUUUGAAUGCUGCUUCUCUUACUGUGAUUGCUGUCGCAAUAAAGCUACCAAAUGAUCUCACGAAUCUAAUGCCAAGCCAUGUGGAUCGCACUGCAAAGCUUGGAAGCUUGAGCUUCAUGUGUACCAUGAUGGCGAAUCUAUUGCCUUCUCUAGCAACCUUGGAAAGCAAGGAACUUGUCUCAAACAUGAUAGCUUUAGGUAUUCUGGUGAUCACUUUGGUUGUGAACGUUUGCAUUCAAAUAAACACAGGUGUUCUCUCCUACAACACAUCUGAGGAGCACUUCAAGAUUGAAGUAGGAUAUACACAACUAGGCGUAUUACUAACAGGCCCAAAGUUCAUAGCAACGAUUUAUGUAGCUAUGUUACUCAUGUUGCUCAUAAUAUAUGCAUGUUCAUCUUUAGCAACUCUCAAGACCAAACAGAUUCUAGAAUCCAAAUACCAAGCGGCUCAUCAAACAGCUUUAAAGGAUCUAGAGCUACCACAAAAAGGAAGAUUAACCGUUGAAAAGUUAAAGCAGCAUGUGAGAAACUACUGGAUCAUGGCAGGAACCGGAAGCCCUCAAUUCAUAACAGUUUGCUCUGCUACAACUUCUGCUUCUGGGGUAAUAUGUCUUAUAAGCACUGCAUUACACGUUUAUAUUAUCAUACCUUAUCACACUAAAGAUAUGAAGGAAUAUGAUACGGAUUAUAAGUGGUCAAUGUUAGUGAUUCUCAUAAUACAGUUUAUCGGAGUCAUAUUGGGAACACUUGCCCCUAUUUCUAGAUGUUUUGCAGCCUUAAGCUUUAAGUUGUCCGAAAAAUGGAUUAGGAACCAUAUCAAGGUCUUUAACGUAGAGAGCUACUGGACUCAGAAGUUAUAUGAUUGGAAACAGAGAAGCAUACCAAUCCCAUUCAGUAGCCCCAGCCGCAGAGGGAAGAUUGUCAUUGAGAAUAUAAAAAUCUUAUUUCUCAGCAUCUGCAUAGAAUUUCUGGAGACAGUUGUGGUAGCGUGCAAGAUGAUAGCGGUUAUUCCACUUCUCUUUUUGAUAUGCGUUUCCUAUUGUUGGAAGCGGUUAAAGGCCAUGUUUAGCUCCUCACGCAGCGUGUUGGUAAAAAAUCCAGAGCAUCAAGGAAAAGGUGAUAGCCUGUAUGUUUUGCAACUUGAAGACGACACGGAGUUUGCAGAGAGAACAUUGAAAGGCAUAUCAAAAUCGGUGAAUCGUUUGAUCCAAAAUGCUGAAAAAAAACAACCCAACAAUCUUAUCAAGCUUUUAAAGGGAUCCAGAGGUUUUGAAGGAGUUGAAAAGUUUGACAGCCCUCUUGUUCCAUCUUUACGUUCAGAAGAAUAUGUCAACUGUUGGAGCUUACCGUUGGUAACACUGACAGCUAUCGCCAUUUCUUUCCGUAACAUCUCGAAAAAUACAGUUGAUGGCUUGUUGAGUGGUGUGAGUGAAGGUCUUUUUUAUGUCACACGUGUGGAAGAAAGCCUCAAUGCCACCGAUGACCAUGAAUACAUUCAAAAGGUGGCUAAAACUUUAUGGUUUGAAGUUGAAAUCCGCAGCAAAUGGUUAGGAAACAAGCUGCCAAAACCCGAGAAGACAGCUGGACAGAUUCUUCAAUGUUUGAGGGACACAUCUAGAAACAUGGUCACUAAGGUGGGAAGUAUGAAAAAUGAUGACUCCAAAUACAGGUCUAUUUCUGCCAAUUCAAUGUAUCGUAUCACCGAAACACUCUUGCGCUCUUAUCAUGAGAAUAUUGACCGUGUUAGCCAAGAGGACCUACUUGCGCUAUUAUCAUCAAUGAUCGCUGACAUAUUGGCUGCGUGUCUCACCAACUUACCGCUACUCAUAACAACUAAAUGCCAUGCAAAGGAGAUAGAGAAACGGGAGGCGAGUGUCCAUGAAGCAGCUCAAAUUCUCGGUCAGACAGCACAGAUAAUCACUAACCUUAAAGAUCGUGAGCUUCCACACUUGAAUGAAGACGAGUUGGCAUUUAUUGACAAGUGGCGUGCUAACUUAAAGCAUCCUUAA